AUGGGAGAUAGUGUAUUUACUCGUGAUAACUACAACUUUGAGAUGAGGAGAAAAGCCUCAUUCUCAAAGUUGACUGGAGCUGUUCCAAGAGGUAUGACAGGAAUGUACUUGGACGACUUCGAUCCAACCGCAGACAAGAGAAGAGAAAAGUUGUGGUAUUUAAUGGAAAGCUACUUACCAACAGACAUUGAGUCUAUUCAGAGAUCAAUAGUUAAUCAUGUUGAAUACACACUUGCAAGAACUAGGUUCAAUUUUGACGACAAUGUUGCUUAUAGAGCAACUGCUUAUAGUAUAAGAGAUCGUCUAAUUGAAAACCUGAAUGAUACAAAUGAAUACUUUAGUGAAAGAGACUGUAAACGUUGUUAUUACUUGAGUCUAGAAUUUUUGCUUGGUAGAGCCAUGCAAAACGCUCUUGUUAAUCUGGAUAUUGAGGAAAACUACAGAAAGUCUCUGUUUGACUUAGGGUACAACCUUGAAGCAUUAUAUGACAAUGAACAUGAUGCUGCCCUUGGUAAUGGAGGGUUGGGAAGACUUGCUGCGUGUUUUUUAGAUUCUAUCGCCACGAAAAAUUAUGCUGGAUGGGGAUAUGGAAUUAGAUAUACUUAUGGUAUCUUUGAACAAAAGAUCGUUCAAGGGCGUCAAUUUGAGCACCCAGACUAUUGGCUUGUGCAAUCUAAUCCGUGGGAAAUUGAACGUCAGGACGUGACAUAUGGCGUUAGAUUUUAUGGUCAUGUACGUGAAUUUGAAGAACAUGGGAAAAAGAAAUUCAGAUGGGUUGAUGGUGAAGUAAUUCAAGCAGUUGCAUAUGACAAUCCAAUUCCAGGUUUUGACACCUACAACUGUAUUAACUUACGUCUUUGGAAGGCGACUCCUUCAAGAGAAUUCGAUUUUAAUGCUUUCAACGAAGGGAAGUAUGUUGAUGCUGUCUGUGCAAGACAAAGAGCAGAGUACAUUACUUCUGUAUUAUAUCCAAAUGAUAACACUGAGCAAGGAAAAGAACUGAGGCUCAAACAACAAUACUUCUUCGUAUGCGCAACUAUUCAAGAUAUUUUAAGAAGAUUUAAGAAGUCUGGAAAGGUAGAUUGGAGCGAAUUACCUAAAAAGGUCUCGUGCCAACUUAAUGAUACUCAUCCAACUAUUGCUGUAGCUGAAAUGAUGCGUAUUUUGAUAGAUAUUGAAGAGUUGGAUUGGGACUUUGCUUGGAAUAUCACAAACCAAUGUUUCAAUUACACAAAUCAUACAGUUCUACCUGAGGCUUUAGAAAAGUGGAGCUCGAACUUGUUCAAUAAACUACUCCCUAGACACCUGAUGAUAAUAAACGAAAUAAACCAUAGGUUUUUGAGCGAUGUAAGGGCUGUAUUGGGAGAUGGGCCAUGGAUUUCAAAAAUGUCUAUUUAUGAAGAAGGAUGGGACAAAAAAAUUAGAAUGGCAAACUUGGCAGUUAUUGGAUGUAAAAAAGUCAAUGGUGUCGCAGUUAUUCACAGUGAAAUAGUUAAAAAAGAUUUGUUUUCAGAUUUUGUUGAAUAUUAUAGACGCAAAGGAAUCAAAGACAAAUUUAUUAAUGUGACAAAUGGAGUUACCCCAAGAAGAUGGAUUAAUUGUGCGAAUCCAAAGCUUUCACAUUUAAUUUCAAACUGGCUGGGAUCUGAUAGUUGGCUAACUAACUUCGAUAUGAUUAGAAGUCUACAAAACAAUAUCGAUGAUUUAUCUCUCCAGAAAGAAUGGGCUGAAGUGAAAUUAAGUAACAAGGAAAGACUUGCAAAGUGGGUUGAAAUAAAUACAGGAUACAAGGUAAACACAAGUAUGCUCUUUGACAUACAAGUCAAGAGAAUUCAUGAGUACAAGCGUCAACUACUUAAUUUAUUUUACAUUAUUCACAGAUAUUUAACACUAAAGCACAUUUCACCUGAAGAACGAAAGAAAUAUGUACCAAGAUGUUGUUUCUUCGGUGGGAAGGCUGCCCCUGGAUACGCUGUAGCUAAAACUGCAAUAAAAAUGAUGAACAACCUCUCAGUAAUGAUAAACAAUGACCCAGAUACUAAAGAUUACUUGAUGUGUAUUUUCUUACCCAACUAUAAUGUCAGUAAUGCUCAAAUUAUUAUUCCUGCAUCUGAUAUCUCACAACAUAUUUCAACUGCUGGAACAGAGGCAUCAGGAACAAGUAACAUGAAGUUUGUAAUGAAUGGUGGACUUAUUCUUGGUACUCUUGACGGUGCUAACGUUGAAAUUCGAGAAGAAUGCGGAAACGAAACUAUGUUCAUUUUUGGUGCUUUAGAACAUGAAGUUGAACACAUUAGGAAUAGAGCGAGAGAAGGAAACUACCCAAUUGACCAAAGGUUAUGCGACGUCUUUAACUUUAUUAGAACUGGAGGGAUUAUGCUUGGCGAUGGAAAGGCUCAAGGAGAAUUCUGUGAAAUUGUGAACAAGAUCUGUUCUAACGGCGAUGGUCAAAUUGGAGACUUCUACUUAAUAUGCCAUGAUUUCCCACUAUACUGUGAUGCACAAAUUAGAGUUGAUCAGGCAUACAGAGACCAAAAUACAUGGGUUAAGACUUGCAUUAAAGCAGCCUCAUCAAUGGGAAAAUUCUCUACCGAUAGAACAAUUGAGGAGUAUGCUACAGCAAUCUGGGAGCUCGAACAAUGUGAGAGACCUGCACCGGAGGCAUGCAAAAAACUAUCCGGAUAUUUGCCUAAUAAAUCAAAGUGA